UUUUUUAUUAUUUUUAAAAAAUAAUACAAACUACUAAUAAAAUUUUAUAUUUUAUAUAUUCCCAACUCGAAGCCCUCUACUAUGUCUGGUAACUAUGCCAAGAGAGGCCGUGGAAGUCAUAACCCUAACAGUAGGAAAGCUUCCCGUCAAGAACGAAAAAAUAAUAAUAACUCCGAUAACUCAAGCUCCGAUGGUGAAAACACUGUCCAGCAGAAACGUAAUCGUACGAUUACCGAAAAUUCUAUGGAAGAAGACUACGUUGCCGAUGACCAGACGGCUGACGUUGGAGUAGAUGGAUUUUCCUCUUCUCCUCAACAAAAUAUCUCUGGCGAAAAUACUUUGACCUCCUCCCCGAAAAAAUCUGCUGCGCCAACUGCGCCCAGUCACGUCACGUCUUCUGGAAAUGUGGACGCGUCCAUGCAUGCACCUUUAAACAAAGACUUGCAACAACCCCCUAACGCGUCGCCCAAUUUGGAUACCAAUGGUGCUCCAGAUGACGAUCAUACUACAGAUCCAGUGGUGACCCUCGCCAUAACCAGAGAAGAUUUUCAGGCUGCGGCUGCACCGAAUGCUGCCCCUGAAUCUCUUAAGAAAUUCCCUACCAACAAAGCCCUUAUUGAGGCUGUUAAUAAACUUUUUUUAGAAACUUACGAGUCGUUUACUGGAAAAGCACGUAUGACUGGAUCUGGUGAAGCCAAACGCCUCGUUAUCCACUUCCAUACAGCUGAAGCACGCGAUAUGUGCGUUGGUUCCACCCAUCCUGAGUUCACUAACUUAAUCUUUCAUGCACAUGACCCUCGCCAACUCCGAUCCAAUGAAGAUCUCCGGGCUAUCCAAGUUACAGAUAUCCCUUUCUUCAUUAAAAAAGACAACCUCAUGGCUUAUUUUAAGAAAUUUGGUAAUAUCACCUCUUGCCGCCUUUUCUCCAGGCCUAAUACCAAAGUUCAGCAAGCCCGCAUUGUUUAUGAUCACGCCGAUUCUAUUGCU